AUGACAAACGUCUUCAACGUUCAAGUCUUCUUUGUGGUCUUUCGAGAGUCCUUGGAAGCCGUGCUUGUGGUUUCGGUCCUUUUGGCCUUCCUCAAGCAGGGCUUAGGAGGCCCUGACCAGGAUCAAGCUAUCUACAAGAAACUCAGACUUCAAGUUUGGGUUGGCUCCAUUCUAGGCGUUUUUAUAUGUUUGUGCAUUGGAUGUGCUUUCAUCGCUGUCUUCUAUACUCUUGGCCAUGACAUUUGGGGCAAAUCCGAAGAAAUUUGGGAGGGCACUUUUUGUAUGAUCGCUACCAUCUUGAUUACUAUCAUGGGUAUUGCCAUGUUGAGAAUUAACAAGAUGAAGGAGAAGUGGAGAACCAAGAUUGCCCAGGCUUUGGUUAAGGAGCCAGCAGUGUCGAAGGAUAGAUUCAGGCUUGGUCGCUUGACCACCAAAUACUGUAUGUUUGUCUUGCCCUUCAUCACUUGUUUGAGAGAAGGUUUGGAGGCUGUUGUGUUUGUUGGUGGUGUCGGCUUGUCCGACCACACUGGUGCUGCUGCUUUCCCACUUCCUGUUAUUUGUGGAUUGAUCGCUGGUGUCACUGUUGGUGUUUUGCUAUACUAUUUCGGAUCCACUGCAUCUUUGCAGGUCUGUUUGAUUGUUUCUACAUGUAUCUUGUACUUGAUCUCCGCUGGCUUAUUCUCCAGAGGUACUGGUGGUGAUGCUUCUGAGAGUGGUUCGGGCCCAGGCUCUUACGACAUUUCGAAAUCCGUCUGGCAUGUUAAUUGCUGCAACCCUGAGCUUGACAACGGUUGGGAUGUUUUCAACGCUUUAUUGGGUUGGCAAAACUCUGCCACGUACGGUUCCGUGAUCUCUUACAACGUUUACUGGAUUUUCAUGAUUGUUGUUUUAGGUUUGAUGAUGUUCGAGGAAAAGCGUGGUCACCUUCCCUUCUGCAAGAACCUCACCCUCAGAGAGCUCAACCCAAUGUACCACAUUAAGGGCAAGAAGAAGAACGAGUUGUCGAAGAAAGAGCAAGAAGAAUUAUUCGAGAAAGUCAAGAAACAUGACUUCGGUGUUAGAGAAGCAGACAGAGAAUCAUCUUCUGACGUAUCCAAGACUGGUAAAGACGACUCCGUUCACAAGGUUGAGGAGAAAACUGUGGAGACUUCCAGUCAAUAA